CUGGGGCGUACGUCCCGCCCCUUCUGCCCGGAGAGUUGUUUAGGGCGGACGUGCACACCUGGCCAAGUCCACGUCUACACCGGCCGACCAGGGCGGCAUUAAGUUGGGUGGGAUCCCUAGCUCUGAGCCAGGAGUGGCCAGGAGUGACCAGCUGGUCCUGGCAUGGGCAGAGGCACAGCCGGGGGCGGGAUGGGGUGGGGCCCACUUCAGGACCGUGGUGCUGCAGCCCCGGAGCUGGGCUUGGCCGCCUGGCAAAGGACCCCACCCUUGGGGCCAUCUGGAUAUUUCCUGCUUCCUCCCAGCUGACCCUUGUGGGAAGUGGGGGGCUGCCUAGAGCAGGAGGUGUUAGUCACUGAGGGCAGGAGCUAGCUUACACCUAGUGCUGGUGGAGGCCCUGGGGAGGCCUGAGACUGAGCCCGCAAAUCUCCUUCUGGGGCCCCGAAGUCCCAAUCCUGCUGCCGUGUUUCCUUAUGCUCAGGACUCUCCUGUCCCCAGUCACCUUGGGGAAGGGAGUGUGGAUCCUCAGAUUCCACCUUCCCAACUCCGGGUCAAUAGGAACUAGAAAAUAAGUUGCCUGUACCUCAGUCUCCCCACCUGUACAUGUGGCAGCCCUUAAAGUCACCUCAUUUAACCCUCACACUACCACAUGAUGUUUGUACAGUUAUUAGCUCCAUUUUAGAGAUGGAAACUGAGACCACGAGGGGGCACACUGCCACCUCCAAAGUGAGCUCGGGGCCAGAUUCCGGAAGGGAAAGGGACCCUGAGCAGGCAGCCUCAGCUACCUCUGAGAAUCGGUGUCCUGGGCACAGGUGCCAUGGCAGAGAAGGUGCUGGUAACAGGCGGGGCUGGCUACAUUGGCAGCCACACGGUGCUCGAGCUGCUGGAGGCUGGCUACGCACCUGUAGUCAUCGACAACUUCCACAACGCCUUCCGUGGAGGGGGCUCUAUGCCUGAGAGCCUGCGGCGGGUACAGGAGCUGACAGGCCGUUCUGUGGAGUUUGAGGAGAUGGACAUCUUGGACCAGGCAGCCCUACAGCGUCUCUUCAGACAGCACAACUUUAUGGCCGUCAUCCACUUUGCGGGGCUCAAGGCUGUGGGCGAGUCGGUGCAAAAGCCUCUGGAUUAUUACAGAGUUAACCUGACAGGGACCAUCCAGCUUCUGGAGACCAUGAGAGCCUGUGGGGUGAAGAACCUGGUGUUCAGCAGCUCCGCCACUGUGUACGGGAACCCCCAGUACCUGCCCCUGGAUGAGGCCCACCCCACGGGUGGCUGUACCAACCCUUACGGCAAGUCCAAGUUCUUCAUUGAGGAAAUGAUCCGGGACCUGUGCCGGUCAGACAAGGCCUGGAAUGCAGUGCUGCUGCGCUAUUUCAACCCCACGGGCGCCCAUGCCUCUGGCUGCAUCGGUGAGGACCCCCAGGGCAUCCCCAACAACCUCAUGCCUUAUGUCUCCCAGGUGGCGAUCGGGCGGCGGGAGGCCCUGAAUGUCUUUGGCAACGACUAUGACACAGAGGAUGGCACAGGCGUCCGGGAUUACAUCCACGUGGUGGAUCUGGCCAAAGGCCACAUCGCAGCUUUGAGGAAGCUGAAGGAGCAGUGUGGCUGCCGGAUCUACAACCUGGGCACUGGCACAGGCUAUUCAGUGCUGCAGAUGGUCCGCGCCAUGGAGAAGGCCUCCGGGAAGAAGAUCCCGUACAAGGUGGUGGCACGGCGGGAAGGUGAUGUGGCUGCCUGUUACGCCAACCCCAGCCUGGCCCACGAGGAGCUGGGCUGGACAGCAGCCUUAGGGCUGGACAGGAUGUGUGAAGAUCUAUGGCGCUGGCAGAAGCAGAAUCCUUCAGGCUUUGGCACGCAGGCCUAAGGGACCCCCCCCAACCAUGGACCAGAAAAGGAAAAGACAAGCAGCUGCCUGCUCUCCAGCCUCUGGCAGGACCCAAGGCCCAGAGCCUCUGGGGCCAAGUUAAGGCCUCCCCUACCUCAAACCCCAGCUGGGCCCUCGCAGCCCACCAGGCACGAGGCCGAGGGCUCCACUGACCAGGAGUCAGGGGUCUCUAACUCUCACCUUCCACAGGGUCUGGGAACUCAUCGGGACCACCAAGAGCGAGUGUGAGGGGUCAGGGCUCUUCCACAAAAGCCCCCUCCUCCCAGGCACUAAUUUAUACUGCUCUGAAGAAGCUUUCCAAAGUAUUUAAAAUAAAAAGUUUUCUUACAUUGGG